UACUCAUACCCCAUCAUUCAUACCUAGAGCCACUGAAAAUGGCUGGUAAGGCCUUCUCCUUGAAAGCUUUUCUGCUUUACAUCUCUCGGAUUAUUCUCAGAAGAUCGAGGAUUCCUCGCUCCUUCAAAGCCUCCCAGUUGAGACUCCAAAAGCUACCCUCUCUUGCAAACCGAGCUCUCAUCUUUGAUGUGGAGGGAGCCUUGUUGAGAUCAUCCUCUUUGUUUCCUUAUUUCCUGCUUGUAGCCUUCGAGGCCGGAAGUCUGUUGAGGGCUCUUGUUCUCUUCCUCUUGUAUCCCAUUCUCUGUGUUGUCAGUGAAGACAUGGGAUUGAAGAUCAUGGUGUUUGUUUGUUUCCUUGGGAUCAAGAAGCACAGCUUCAGAGUUGGGACAGCCGUGUUGCCAAAGUUUUUCCUGGAAGAUGUUGGGUUGGAAGGUUUCCAGGAGGUGAUGAGGUCCGGCAGAAAACUAGCUGUGACUGCCCUGCCCACGGUGAUGGUGGAGGGAUUCCUGAGAGAUUAUCUGGGCGUUGAGUCUGUCGUCGGGAGAGAGCUAAAGCAGUUUCGUGGGUAUUUUCUGGGUUUCAUGGAGAACAAGGAAAGAUCCAGUCUAGUCUUGGAGAAGGUGCUUGGAGAAGAAGAUGAACGGAAUCGUGAUGUUGUUGGAAUUGGUUGCCUCAACAAAUCUCUUGAUCAUCAAGUUUUCUCCCACUGCAAGGAGAUUUACUUGGUCAGUGAAGCAGAAAAGAGUAACUGGAGUCAACUACCAAAGGAAAACUACCCAAAACCGCUCAUCUUUCACGAUGGUAGGCUGGCUUUCAGACCAACUCCACUCGCCACUCUCGCCAUGUUCUUAUGGAUUCCGAUGGGUUUCAUUGUUGCCUUGGUCAGAGCCAUUGCAGGCUACUCAUUGCCUUACAAGAUGUCAACCCCAAUUUUAGUCUUCACUGGGAUAAGACUGAAGCUAACAAUACCCAAAUCUUCUCCCACCAUUUCAGAAGACAAAACCACCAAAGGUGGAGUUCUGUAUGUGUGCAACCACAGAACACUGCUAGACCCACUCUACCUCUCCACCAUCCUCAACAAACCUCUCACAGCAGUCACCUACAGCCUGAGCAGAGUAUCCGAGGUCUUAGCGCCCAUUAAGACCGUCAGACUAACCAGAGACAGAGAGCGAGACGCGAAAAUGAUGGAGAAGCUCCUGAGCCAGGGCGACCUUGUUGUGUGUCCCGAGGGAACCACCUGUAGGGAGCCCUAUCUGCUUAGGUUCAGUCCUCUGUUUGCAGAGAUGAGCGACAACAUUGUGCCGGUGGCCAUGGAUGCCCAUGUCAGUUUGUUCUAUGGCACCACCGCCGGUGGACUGAAAUGCUUGGACCCACUUUUCUUCCUCAUGAACCCAUUUCCGGCUUACAAGGUUCGGCUGCUGGAGAAGGUCAGUGGAGCUGCUUCUAACUGUCGUGAUGAUGGUGCUCAGUCGAGAUUUGAUGUGGCUAACCAUGUGCAGAAGGAGAUCGGUCGGGUGUUGGAGUUCGAGUGCACCAGGCUCACAAGGAAAGACAAGUAUUUGAUAUUGGCUGGUAACGAGGGGAUUGUUGCAACUGACAACAAACCCCAGACUCACACCACACAGACAUGCAAAACUACUUGAUGCAUGAGAUAGCAGUUCAUAUAAUAUAUAAAUAUAUUGGAGUACUCUUGUCUCUUGCAGUCUGAUUCAUUUCUGAUGAAUCUCAUCCGGGUCGCAAACCAAGCAGAGUUACAUAUAAUUUUUCU